CUAGUUUUCCUUAGUGAAACAGAACACCCUAAACAUAAAUAGUUUAGCCAAAUGAGAAACGGUCUAGUAGCCCAUGUUGAGUUGGAACAUGAGAUUGUGAAAUGGACUAGCUCAACUACGAAUAGCUUAGCACUCAUUUGCAAUACAGUACUCAAACGGUGUAGCGUUGCGUUAAACGGCUCAGGGUAACGUCGAGUAGCACAGCCUACGCACAAACGGUGUAACGUUGCGUCAAAUGGCUCAGCGUAAUGUAGAAUGGUACAGCGUACACACAUAUGGUGUAGCGCUGCGGGAAAUGGCUCAGCGUAAUGUCGAAUGGUACAGCGUACAUAAAAACAGUGUAACGUUGUGUGAAAUGGCUCAGGGUAAUGUCGAAUGGUACAGCGUACAUACAAACAGUGUAGCGUUGCGUGAAAUGGCUUAGCGUAAUGUCGAAUGGUGCAGCGUACAUACAAACAGUGUAGCGUUGCGUGAAGUGGCUUAGCAUAAUGUCGAAUGGUACAGCGUACACACAAAUGGUGUAGCGUUGCGUGAAAUGGCUCAGCGUAAUGUAGAAUGGUACAGCGUAGACACAAAUAGUGUAGCGUUAGGUCGAAUAGCUUUGCAAAACAUCAGACGCUCUAUCUGAACAUUAAAUUGCUUAGUAUUACUUGAAAUAUUUCGAUGUUGUGGCGAAUCGUCGUGGCGUGACGUGAAGGCCAUGCCACUCCUGUAUUAGCUAUGCUAUCCUGCAACUGAUCCUUAAGCCAUCUUUGUAUUUGCUGAUCUAUACGACAUCCUUGUAUUUUUGGUGGUGACGGCCGCCAAGGCAUCUCGCCGAAACCACCAAAAGUACAAACCGCAAAUGGAACAGCGAUCUGCUGGGGGCAUGACGUCAUCGAAUGUGAAGACUGACACGAAAUCAUUACAUGGCGUAGCCGCUGUAUGGAAUAGUCUUCACUUCGCUUUGCCAUAAAGCAGAGCCAAUUCGGUAUCGUUGUUUGUUGUCCUUCAGUACUGUUAAGAGUCAUGGACUUUCGUCAGCAUUUAUCAGAUUCCCUAAAUGAAAUAACUGAAUAUAUACAAGAAGGCGGAAAUCGUGGAGGUGAUUCAGAGAAUACUGUUUUAAGACUGGAGGUUCUUUACGAGGCAGCGUUGAUCAAUGGGGACAUUCCUUUAGAUGCGGUUGACUUAAUCAAUCAAGCUCGUACACACCUGAACGUAAACUUGCAUCAACAAGAGCCUUUUCGUGGGUAUGAAGCACCAGCAGUGAGUGAGGCAGGUCGCCGAGGAAGACCUAAGUUUGCGAUUUCCGAGAAGCAGCUGCUUUUUUUCAGAGAGAACAACUUCACGUAUAAAGACAUGGCUCUAAUGCUUGGGGUUAGCAAGCGAACUAUUGAAAACCGUAUGGCCGAGUACGAGUUGACGAACAAGUCCCGCUACAGUGACAUAGAGGACGAUUUCCUGGAUUCUUUAAUCCAGCGUAUCAUGACAAAUUUCCCUAGAUCGGGUUACAAAACAAUCGAGGGUUACCUUGUUUCGCAAGGUGUACAUGUGCAGAGGUGGAGACUAAGGAGUGCCAUAAAGAGAGUCGAUCCCAUUGGCAGGAGGCUAAGGUCUAUGAAUGCCAUCCGUAGACGAGUGUAUAACGAGGAUAGGAUAGAUAGUGGAUAG